AUGGAGGCCAAUCCGGUGCAACGGGACUACACCUACUACCCCAAGACAGCCGGCUGGCUAAACUUACACUUGGAACCCGCAACAUGGAGGGAUGCGCGGCUGAUUUGCGCGCGCGAAGAUGCUGUACUCGCUUCACCUGAAAAUGAUGAUUUACAAGAAGCAAUCCGUAAUGAAAUGAGCAAGUCCCAGACAUUGAAAGUGUUUACUGGAGUACAUGAUACUUACGCCACUGGGCACUACUACUCUAUGGAAGGCACUCGAUUGUCUAGCAAGUCGGUAUUGGUACACGAGGAGUCUUUAAACGCCAGUCGUACUGAGAACUGCUUGCAUCUCACUCAAAAUGAUAAGGAUGAGAACGCAAUGAUCCGCGGCAGCUGUUCGGUGGCUCUGCCUUUUGUCUGCUUAACGAGGAAGAGGCCAAGCGUUGUGGACUGUGGAACAGAUGAUAAAGAUUAUAAAUAUGAGGCCCGAACAAACCGCUGUUACAAGUUCCAUACGCAGGAAAAGAACUGGUCUACCGCCUUCGCCACCUGCUCCGACGAGGGUGCGCACUUAGCAGUUAUCAACAGUAAGACCUAG